GGGAAGCUGAGCUCAUGCUGCCGCUGCUGCCUCUGCUCUGCCUGAUCUUCCCCUUUUGGAACAGUCGCUUUCUUUAAAUGAAAAAUACAAACCCUACCGAGCUGGUUCCCAGCCACCACCCAGGUGCCAGGCGCUGGUGAAUAACUAACCCCGGACUAAAACUUCCCUGCCAGUGGGAUUACAAGUGCUGCACUGCCGCAGGGAGCUCUCCAGGGUGCUGAAGUCCCGGCAGUUUCUCCCACAGCUCCCAAGACUGAACAAAUUUCCUUGGCACUCUUUCUAGAUCCUCCAUGACUCGGAAACGUCUGCUCUGUUGGUUGUGAGUGCCUCGGAGUAACAUGGCCAAGGUUAGAUACCUUCGUGCAGCUGUUUCGGGAUUUUAUCUCUGGGAAGCUGCAGUCCUGCUCAGUUUGGUAGUCACAAAGGAAACAGACAGUGCAAGAUCUCGUAGCAUGCCAAUGUCGCCAUCUGAUUUCCUGGAUAAAUUAAUGGGUAGGAUGUCAGGCUAUGAUGCAAGAAUCAGACCAAAUUUCAAAGGCCCUCCAGUUAACGUCACAUGCAACAUAUUUAUAAACAGCUUUGGAUCCAUUGCAGAGACAACCAUGGAUUACCGAGUGAAUAUCUUUCUCCGUCAGAAUUGGAAUGAUCCACGCCUUGCAUAUAGUGAAUAUCCAGAUGACUCUUUGGAUUUAGAUCCAUCCAUGUUGGAUUCUAUUUGGAAACCUGAUUUGUUCUUUGCUAAUGAAAAAGGUGCCAACUUUCAUGAAGUUACAACAGACAACAAGUUGUUACGAAUUUUUAAAAAUGGAAAUGUUCUUUAUUCUAUCAGAUUGACUUUAAUACUGUCCUGUCCAAUGGAUCUCAAAAAUUUCCCAAUGGAUGUGCAAACGUGUAUAAUGCAGCUGGAAAGUUUUGGAUAUACAAUGAACGAUCUCAUUUUUGAAUGGCAAGAAAAGGGAGCUGUACAGGUAGCAGAAGGGCUCACCCUGCCACAGUUUCUGUUGAAAGAAGAGAAAGAUUUAUGUUAUUGCACCAAACAUUACAAUACAGGAAAGUUUACAUGCAUUGAAGUCCGAUUCCACCUUGAAAGGCAAAUGGGUUAUUAUCUCAUUCAAAUGUACAUACCGAGUCUCCUGAUUGUCAUUCUCUCCUGGGUGUCGUUUUGGAUCAAUAUGGAUGCUGCACCAGCCAGAGUGGCUUUAGGUAUAACAACUGUACUGACCAUGACAACACAAAGUUCAGGUUCACGAGCAUCACUUCCAAAGGUUUCAUAUGUCAAAGCUAUCGACAUUUGGAUGGCAGUAUGCCUGCUCUUUGUAUUUUCUGCACUUCUGGAGUAUGCAGCUGUAAAUUUUGUGUCAAGGCAGCAUAAAGAGCUUCUGAGAUUCCGCCGGAAGAGGAAGAAGAACAAGUAUUUUGGGGGAGUGCUUGAUGGAAAUGAAAUCAAUGAAUCAUUGCGACGUAGCAAUGGCUUGAGAAGUGCAGAACCUAUAGACAGGACUUUGGCUCAAAUCUACAGUACAAAUUUAAGGGACGAUGAGGUAAGGGAAAGUCGAUUCAGUUUUACAGCCUAUGGAGUGGGACCAUGUCUGCAAGGGAAAGAUGGAGUGACUGCAAAGGGGCCAAAUAAUCCCAUUCAAGCUGCACCAAAAAGCCUCGAUGAAAUGAGGAAGGUAUUCAUUGACCGAGCCAAGAAAAUUGAUACCAUUUCCAGAGCUUGCUUCCCAUUAGCCUUUCUGAUUUUCAACAUUUUUUAUUGGGUUAUCUAUAAAAUCAUUAGGCAUGAGGACAUUCACCAAUAACAAGAUUAAGGCUUCUAGUACAUACUGUUUGGGCUGGCAUGUUCAGCAGGAGGUUUUCCAUUACAAAUGUGCAUACAGCUGCUUACUGGGAUAGUUAAAAGGCAUAAAGAAAGAGAUCCCAUUUGACUUGCUAUGCAGAGUCACUAUUGGACAGAUGAAGAAUGACACCCAGUGAAGGUAUAUCUGCUAUUACUAGGUUUCUACUUCAUACUAACUAAACAAUCAAUCAACUUUUUCAUAGUAAAAAACCACAACACUAUACUACAGCUUUACUGCCAAUGUGUUUAUAUAUACUUUUACAUUGUGGUAUAAUUGUACAGUAUUCUUUAAAGAUCCUUACAAUUUUUUAAUUCAGCUGUAUUUUUAAAAAUUAUUACAAAAUGGGUCUAACAUGUCUUAGAUGAUUCCCAUAGUAACAGAUUAAAGGAGGGUUAGAAAUGUGAAUAUAAAGUUUACAAAUUAGUAAUGAACUACUGAUUUGAGUUUUAGAGCUCAAGCACAUUUUCUUGUUUUAGUGAGUUUUGUAAUGAGCACAGGACACAUUUAAAUUAUAUUAUGGGGUUCUUUUUUUAAAAAAAAAGAAGAGAAAAUUUACUCAUACAAAGCACUUAAUAAAUGGAUUAUGGUUCCCCUGGAGCUUAAAAACAUGAUAAUGUAAUGCCCAAAGUAGCACCAAAUAUCUAUUGCCCAGUCUGAAGCGACCCACUAGUCAAACUUUCUGGUACUGUGCAUAUCACAAUGGGAACAAGGUACUGUUAACGGAUUGUUGCCCUUAAGUACUUUUAAUUACUCACAAUCACCCUUGGAUAAAUUGAAAGAGAAAAUAAAAAAAUCAAAAGGAUUAAAAGAUGUUUCUCUCAUCAGGUAAUUGUUCAGAAACCAGUAUUUGUGGAGACAAGGCAGACAAUUAAAAAUGACAUCAAGAUAAGUUUCUGUGAAAAGUGACAUUAAAAGCAAAACAAAAAGGAUGUCACUUAGACUAUACCUAUGAUAAAAGUAACUUUUAUGAACUUUUUUGAAGCUGACUGUGUCAACAUUUCUGCACAGCUAUUUCCAUUAUCAUCAGUGAAAGUUUGAUAUACAAUUACAUAAAGAUAACCAGGUCAGUCUUUUUUUGAAUGAUUUGUUUGAUGAGAAGAUUCUGACAUGACUUCUUAGACACUGGCAGAAAAUAGUCUGUAUCUUAGAAAACACUAAGCAGUUCUAAAAAUACAUCAGGACAAUCUUUUAUUUUUACUGCACUUCAUGAUAAAAGAUAACUGUUGGAGCAAAUUUUCCCUACUUAGAAUUACAUAGAUCACAUUCAUUGCUUCUUUCAAAUUAUUACACAAUAGAUUUUAUAUCAUUUAAAAAAUAACUUCCAGUAAAUAAUGUUGCCACUUCUCUAAUGAAAAGCAAAAAAAAUUGUUCUAAAAUGUGGAAACCUAUAGACAACUAUAGGCAAGAGCAUACCUGACGCUUUGAACUUGUAAUGAAAUCCAAUAGCUAAGAUAAUUUAUUAUUGAAAAGUUUUUGUUUUGAGCACAUUUAAAAUUUUGGGUUUGCUACAGCUCAAAGUGCAUACACAAAAGCAAAACAACUGGAGGCAAACAUCUGCUGCAUUACUAGAGGCAUAUUGCAUAUGAACUAGUCAUAGCAACAUAUCCUUGCAUUGAAGAUUAGAACACAACAUUGGUUUUAUUUGAGGAUUAACUAGGGGGAUUUUUAAAAGAAUGGCAAUCUGGUUGUGCUAGAUUGUCUCAGAAAACAAUUGCAUAACUCUCUUCAAUUUUGAACAUGCUCCUAUUUAGGUUUUCUCCCUCCCACCCCCAGUAAUGCAUAACAUUGAUUUAUAGCAAUUGUUUAGGGAUAUGUGAUAUAAUUUUCACAAAUAUAUUUAUAUAUCCUGUCCAGAAAAACUGAACUCAUUAACUCUCAUGUGUGUGUUAUAUACACAAGAGUGAGAAGCUGGCCAAGUGGCUUUUGUCUCCUGCAAACUAUUAAAUACUAUAAAUCUCUGGAAAGAUUUGUUGGUGCAUUUCUGUGCCCAUUGUAUUCAGUGGUAAAGUGUCCCAUUUAUUUCAAAAGGAGUAGGAUUGGGCCCAUUAUCAUGAGGCAUUCAUAAAAUGUUAUACAAUUCUCCAUGCUUGUCUUUUGUUCUUUUCUCUUUCUUAUUUAAAACAACGAUCUUCCCUUCCAACACCAAUAAAGAAACUCUGGAUGAAUCAGUAUAUAAAGUGUACUAGGCCAGAUCCUGAGCUGGAAUAAAUAUAGUCCCUAGAGCUACACCAGUUUACAUCAGCUGAGGAUCUCACUCAGACUUUCCAAAGAAGUCCAAUAGGCUGAAUAUUAUGCAUACACAAGUUGGUUUUGAAGACACUUGAACAGAGCCGAAUAAUACAAUUACAAAGUUAAACAUUCAAUAGUGGGAGAAUACUGAGAUUUAGAAAAGAGGUUAUUAGAUGGAAAAAAAAAGACAAAGUCUUAAGAGCAAGAUAGAAAAUGGAAUAGGCACUAACAGUGGCAAAAUUGUGUGGCGGGACAGAGAAAAGUAGAGAAGAGCCAGAUAAGAUCAAUAACUCUCCAUGAACACCCUCCUCCUCCCCCUUGUGUGACAGGGAGAAAGAGGGGGAGGGGAAUCAGUGUAGCAUACUAUUUCUGCAACUACUGUAUGGUAAUCACAUUAGCAACUACAGUAUAUACAUUGUAAACCGAUAAACCUUCAGUUUGAUUGCUUUUCAGACAUCCCUAAUGGAUUAAAAUGAUGUACAUUUAAUAUGUACAACAGGCAGUGUAUUACAUUGAUACUAAUGGGAGCCAUGUAUUGAAGGGAGUAUAUUAUAUACUCCUGUAGAGGAUUGCAAAGUAUUUCUAAGUGUAUAUAUUUAUAGUUCUGUAUGUUCCUUUUUUAAAAAGGAGAGAAAUCGGUUAUUGGAUCAUUUCUGGAAUGUCUUUGCUUUAGUAACAGUACUAAGAACAGAAAUGGCUGAGACAGAAGGGACAAGCUACAGUGAUUUAUUUUGUAACAACUUAAACAAUCAUCCAGCAAGUUGUGAUUUUUUUUAAGUUAACUACCGUACUUGGAGUGCAGUCUUGCCCCACUGAAUUCAAUGGGGUCAAGAUUUCUCCCCCAGAAGACAACUCCACAUUUUUUAUGAGAUCCUUAUGGUAACAAUUGCCUAUGUAACAGAGCCUUUUCAAUCAGCUAAGAAACAUUUAUUUCAGCAAAAGGCACUGUAGCCAGUCAGCAGUUUGCAGCUUAAACGUUAUUCAAAUUAUUCAUAUUCCAUUGAAUAUAAAAAAAAAUCAUAAGAUGAUAGAAUUGUUAAGUAAGAUUUUAAGUUCUCAUGUCACAAAAUACCAGCUACCCAUUAGUGCCUAUGGAAAAAGAGUCCAAAAUACCAGCAGACAUGCCAACCAACCACACAGAUCCAGGAAUGAUCUCUCAGUGCCAGGGGCUCAUCUGCUAGGAAGAUCUUAGUCUUAAAACAGAUUCUCUUUAUACCAUAUAAUGCCAGGGUGGACUAUGUAGAGGGAGUGACAAAACAUCACAACACACCUACCCUACACCUAUGUUAGUUAAACCAACGUUGGAAGAAACUGUAAAUGUUAAGGAAGAGAUUGGGAUAUUUAUGCCACAGGUGUGGAUAGAGGGCAGUACAGAGAGAGGAAGAGAAGUGAGGAGGUUCCUGCUGAGUUCUAACAAACUGUUUUCCUAUGCACAAAAAUGUUCAUGAUUUCAAAAUUAUGUUCUGAUUUGGGACAGGAAACAGUUGAAUAUUGAAAAGUGUUCAAGAACCAAAAAUCCCCCCCAGUAAAAUUAAAAAAAAAAAAAAAAAAUCAGUUCAGGUCAGCUGAAAUAUUUUGAUGAUUUCAAGACGUUUUGUUUAAACAUUUAAUAACUAUAAUUAGUUUAAAGGAAAAAUUCCAGUGUUCCCAAUUGAAAUUAUUUUUUUCAUUCUUAAAGUUUAAAUGUUUCAUUUUGAUAUAUUUCAAGAAAAAAAUUUCGGAUGUUUUUCCAAGUUGAGAAACUGACCCUUUCCCAUGAAAAGUUUCAGCUUUGAUGAAUCAGCACUUUCAGGCCAAAAAAUAAAAAAGUUUCAUUGAAAAAUUCCCCAACCUGCCCUACUUAUUAUGCCUCAGGCAAAACUUCUCCUUGCCCCAGAGAUGUUAAUCUGCUGCCCUCAAUGCACUGGCUGUAGUGUCCCUGUGCCCUCCAGAGUACCGGGACUGCUAAUGUAAGAGGCCUUUUGUUAACCACUCAAGGAAAGCAGGCUUCUUGCCCACGUAAAGCCCUGUGUCUUCCACACUGUUUGCAAGUCAGCUUGUGUACUCCUGCUUUCUGUGGUUGUGCCAUGUAACAAAGUUGGAGGACCAAAGUAAUGGAUUGAGACUAGAGAAAUAAUUUGGGGCCCAAUGUGCCAUACUAGUUACACAGGUAGAAAGAAAUCCAUUCUCAUAGAACUAGUGCAGGCAUAAUGGAAAAGGAAGCUGUGAUCAUGUGGCAUGCUCCUCAUGUUCCACAGUUCCACAGGAUCUCCUCCAUGCAUUUGGAGUGCAAUGUGUCUGGGGCAAAUUGCUGACCUUAGAAUAGGUGCUGUACGCUACAGUCACCUUUUAAAUGGCAGAUUCCCAUGAGGAAGUAAAAGAAUUUAUGCUGCUUAGACCAGCAUUAACUCCCCUUUCAUGCCUUCUUCCUCCCUCAGAGGAAGAGGGAUAAGGCAGAAGUGAAGGAAGAGGAGCCUAUGGCUGCAUGGCUCAGGAGCACUAAGCCAAAGGGUGGGGAAGGACAGAAAGCAAUGUGGCAGAAGUACCUUGCUCCUUAGGUGGUUGCCCCAAGAUGCACAAUCUUGGAAUCUGCUUUCUUCAAGGGUUUGAAGACUGGAGUUUCCCGACCAUACCACCUGUUAAAACCCUCCAUUCUUGAGAGAAAACAAGAGGAAGUGCCAUAAGAACUGUGUAUCAUAUUGUAUUCAAACAGCUACAGGCCUCCUCAUUUUUUAGCAGCUAACUCAUAGUUAAGGUGCUAACUGAAUCACAAGAUGAUCUUCAAAAUAAUUGCCACUGAAUUGUGGACAAGAUGUGAAAAAAUAAUAAUGGACCUCUAUGAAUACUGAUAAUUUGGAAAAGCCAGAUUAGAUCUAUUUAAGAAAAAAAUUACUGGAACAAUAUAAAACACUCAAGUAUUAUAUUAUGGCAGCUAUUUUUUUAAAUAUACUACCAGACAUUUUGCUGUAACUAUAUUACAUUCAUUUAAAAGGUGACCCAUACAAUAUAAAAUUCAGAAGACUAGAAGUCUUACAACUGCUGUAGAAAUCAAGUCCAAUCACUUUAGCCUUUUACAUUUUAUAGGAACUGAAUGUUAGUGCAGCACUAAUUACAUACUCAAAAUGUAUACAAAAUUGUGAACUGCAAAAUAAGCUAAUUAAAAUGAAAAUUGCAGUGAAAGCCUAGUAUUGCAGGAUCUGCCAUAUCGCGAAGGAUGUGGGGCCUUACUCAGUUAAAUUCCUCAGUGUAGCAGCUUAGAAUAUGGUUAAAUGCCACCACACCUUGGCACAAAUUAAACCUACACAAAGCAAACCUCAUGUUGGUUUUAAUAAUUGCUUCCAAUAAGAAAACAUUAGUGUUCAUUGUUUCCUGAUGUUUCUAAGAUGAUGGGGGCCAAAAGAAGAAAAUAUAGUUCUUUUUAUUUAUAAGUUACCUAUUCAAGGGCAUAUUUAAACUAACUCAUUGCUUUCACCAUAUUGUAGCUUCAAGGAACCUUGACAGCAGGCACCAGUUUUUUAAAUGGAUUGGUGGAAAUCACAAACAACUUGAGUUUCCCCCCCACCCCCCUUUUGUCCUAGAUCAGCUGUAUAUAGUCUCUCUGAAUUCUCUGACAUGUUUGCCCUCUCUUAGCUCUCCGCUUCUCUCUUUGGUAAUUUUUGAAGCACUUUUCUUGUAGGCUGCUUUAUGAAAAGUCCAGUUUAAACCCUAGAUAUGCUUCUGUUUAAGCAAUUCAGAUAUGCACUUUAGACUGCAGGAAUGAAGAAAUGCUUCCAGUUGUACCAUGGUAAAUUCCAGAACUACUGUUCGAUAAUAUAGUUGAAACCAAGAUUCAGAUUAAAAGAGUAAAAACUCAUACAUAGUUUAGAACAGAAAAAGAUAAAGUCUUUCUUAACCCUAGAAGGAUUCAAGUGUAUUCUUUCUAGCAAUAAUUUUGUAUUAGAUGAAAAUGAGUUCAUAUGAUAACCAAGCCCAAUUAAACUUGUUGAUACAAGAAAGUGGUGCACUUAGUAUUUACAUUUAGCACUUAUUGGCCCUUUAUGUGUAAAUUCCGCUCUCAUGUAGACUAUUGUAGGAGUUAAUCUGAUCUAACAGAGCAGAAUUUGGCCUUAUACCUCUAAACUGCUGAUCUACUGAAUUCUUACAAUACCCCUAUAAAUUAGCAAAGUAUUUUUAUCUACAUCUUUCUGUACAAGAUGGUACAUGGUUAUUUAUAAGAGAAUUAUGUCAGACAAGCAUAAUUUUUUAAAGGCUAACAUGAAAAAUAUUU